AUGCCGGAUAUUGUCGUGGAGACUUUCAUCGAUCUUUUCGAAUUGAAAAUUAUUGCAAGUUAUUUUGCUCAGAAAACCCCCAAAAAUGUUCUCCGCUUUCCAGAUGAUCCCUUUCCGAACUCUCACUGUCGCUCCACUGACGCUCAAAGUUUCCGACAACGUAUCCCCUGCCUCCCUCUCUUUUCGAUUGGAAAUGUUUAUUUUUCCAGGUCUGGGCCCGUCUUCUCCGUCUCCCCGGUGUACGCAGCACAAUCACAGAGAGGGGAGAGGUGAAAAUCGAGAACAAUCGACUCGUCAUCAAAAUCGGACACAUGACUCAUUCGGUAAAUGGUUAUGAAACGCCCACACAAAGGGACCAACCGUCUUUUCAGAUUCUCCAACUCAUUCUCGAACAAGACCAUACCGCUAAACUUUAUUUCCCUCUCAUGCGCUUUUAG